AUGCCAAUUGACUAUUCCAAAUGGGACAAGCUUGAAGUCAGCGAUGACAGUGAUGUCGAGGUUCAUCCAAACGUUGAUAAGAAAUCGUUUAUUCGGAUGAAACAAAGACAGAUACACGAUGAGCGUAUCAAGAGAGAUCAAGAUAUCAAGAUCUUGACCACGCAAAACAACAUGUACGUCCAUUUGAACAAACGAGUGGACAGUAUGUUGAAAGAGAUGAACGACGCCGAAUUGCUCAGUGAAUCAAAAAGAAACAAGUAUCUUGAAGCCAGAUUCGAUGCCACCGAAAAAUCCAACGAAGAAGGUCUUGAAGAUGGCCCAACAUACAAUGAAAUGAUUGAGGAUUUGUAUACGCAAAUUUUCUCUGACAACAAGGUCACUGACGGAACCCAUUUGAGACAAUUGGUUUUGGAGCAUCGAAAGAAAAUUGACGAUGUGUCAGCCCGUAACAAUGAGAAGUUGGCAACUUUACUUGAAGAAAAGAAGAACCACAUCACUUCAGAUGACAUUCACACCGGAUUCGAUUCUUUCUACAGCAACAAGGACCAAGUCAAGAAACAAUCCGAUGCAGAAAAGAAAAAUACCGUCACCAAAAAGCAAACAGUCACCCAAAUUGAAACUUUGAACUCCCCAACAAUCGAACAACAAAAGAAAACUGAAAGAGAAGAAUUGGAAGAUCUAGAAACGUAUCCGGAAACUGAUGCUUUUGGGAAGAUACAUAUGAAGGAUUACACCGACAGCGCUAAAUUCCUCAGAUCCAACCCAUUCAUUGUGUCGGUGCAACAAAAAGACGCCUUGAUGAUGAAGGCAUUUGAUUAUCAAUUGAAAGAUGAUGGUAAGACCGCCAAGAACAUUGUUCAUCAAGCGUUAAUGAUCCAAUAUAUUUCUGACUUGGCCAAGGACAGCAAAUCUAUCGAGAAAAUCGAAUCGGCUAUUGGGAUGUUCUUUGGGAAGAUGCUUCAAGAUAACAGUUUAUUGAUGAAAGAACUUGAAAAUACUUAUAAUCAUAUCAAGAACAGAUGUGAGAUCUUGAAGAAAGACAAUGCCGGUAUAGCCGAUGAUCAAGCCCAGGAAGAGCAAAUCCAAUUGAAGUCCAUGGACCCAAAUAGUCAGUUGACCGUCAGUAUUCCAAAUCCGGAUACUGAGGCUGAUAAAUAUGAGGAGUUCUUAAAAUUGCCUGUCGCCAUGCAAGACGCAGUCAAGACCAAAUCUUUAGAUGAAAUCAAUAAGGUGUUUGCCAGCUUAAAAAUUGAGGAAUCGGAAAGCAUCUUGGAUAUCUUUGAAAAAAGUGGAGUUAUCGGGGUGCAAGCAGUGUUGGAAAACGAGGAAGAAUGGGACAAAUUGAAAGAUAAUCAACAACCUUCGAUAGAAUUGAGAUCGACUGAUCCGUCUGCUGAAUUGGUGAUUUUGAAACCUGAUGAAUCCAAACCAGAACAAUACGCCGAAUUCUUGAAGUUGCCGGAGGAAAUGCAAAAGGCGGUGUUGUCAGAAUCGUUGGAUGCCGUUAACAAAGUGUUUGCUGAUCACAUUAGUAGCGAAGAUGCUGAAUCUGUUCUACAAUGUUUAGAAGGCGCUGGAGUCUUGGCUCUUCUUAGAAAACAACAUAAUUUGGAAGACGAGAUUGAUUGA